AUCAUCACUACUACAUCAUAUCAAGAGCUCAGCAGAACAUCAAAAGCCAUCACUCUUCAUCACAGACCACCAUCGACAUUCCAGACAUCUCAAUCUCAAAUCAAUCAUCACCUCAAAACAACUCCAAACAUGUACAUUCAAGCAAUCAUGGGACGCGGCGGCUACAACCGCAACUCAACCAUCACCCUAGGCCGCGGAGGCUACAACCGCGAUGUCAAAACCAGCGGCAUCAGCAGACCCAACAACCCAUCCAGCUUGACCGUCCGCUCUGCCCGCUCCGCCGACAAGGAUGAUGGCAGAGGUGGUUACAACUAAACACCUUCGACCUUUUUCCGACAUCGCUGGUGGUGCUGGUCGCUCGCCGGCAACAAAAUUGCAUAUAAAUGGCGUUGAGGGAGCAUUUCAACUUUCGUUUGCAGCAUUGGGUGGUGUUUAUUCGGGCAUUUUCGACAUACUACACGCAUGGUCUUCGACGACAUAUACACGGCAGGGCAUUCCUUUGAAAACCAGCAUUUCGAUUGUUUUUUUUGUUCAUAGCAUUGCAUCAGUGGCGUUGGGGGGUAGCGAUCAGAUUGGUGCGGUAAUAGGAGGCAGAG